GGAAGUAACCCCUUCAUUCUAUAACACUUGACAUCACCUCUUUGUGCAACGCAGUAAGCUAACUGUGCACAUCGUGUGUGAUACAGCUUUAUUCUUCUCAUAUCUGUGGCUGUAGCUGUCAUUUAAAGAUGAAUACGGUUCUGUCGAGAGCUAACUCUUUGUUCGCCUUCUCUCUGAGCGUCAUGGCAGCCUUAACUUUCGGCUGCUUCAUCACGACAGCUUUCAAAGACAGAAGAGUUCCUGUGGACAUCCACGUCUCAAAAGUCAUGCUGAAGAACGUUGAUGACUUCACAGGACCCAGAGAGCGCAGUGAUCUGGGUUUCAUCACUUUUGACCUCUCAGCUGAUUUGCAGCCAAUUUUUGACUGGAACGUUAAACAGCUGUUUCUCUACCUGUCUGCUGAGUACGCCACAAAGAGCAAUUCUUUGAAUCAGGUGGUGCUUUGGGAUAAGAUCGUCCUUCGAGGUGAAAACACAAAACUGAACCUGAGAGACAUGAAGUCUAAAUACUUCUUCUUUGAUGAUGGGAACGGACUCAGAGCCAAUAAGAACAUCACUCUGACGCUGUCAUGGAACGUUGUUCCCAAUGCCGGAAUUCUGCCUCUAGUGGCUGGAAGUGGACACGUCAGCCUUCCUUUCCCGGACAUAUAUGAAACCACCAAGAGCUAUUAGGCUGACACAAACACACAUCCAGCCAGUUUAACACAUACUGUACACACACACUGAUGAAACAAAAGAAUCACAGGCACAAACUGAUGGCUAAUACAUACAAUACACUGGUUUUUCUUCAUACAUGUAAUAGAAUGUUUGGUUUGUAAUAAAAGUUGAGAUUGGAAAA